UCUCAAUCUCCACAUCAACUCCAUUUCAUUUUUCAUUUCCAAGACCAUUCACAGUACACAACUUACUCAACUUACUCAACUUACACAACUCGUUGCGCUUUUACCCUGCCUCUCCCAUAUCCCCCCAUUCAAUCUCUCCUCACACUCACAUAUUUCCCAAGGUGCACCUACAGCCAAGAUGGUGCUCGAAGCCACCAUGAUUAUUGUCGAUAACAGCGAGAGCAGUAGAAAUGGGGACUAUCUUCCAACACGGUUCGACGCCCAAGCAGACGCUAUCAACCUAAUCCACUCCGCAAAGACACAAGCCAACCCCGAAUCGUCAGUCGGGCUCAUGAGUAUGGCCGGCAAAGGUCCAGAGGUUCUGGUGACCCUGACGGCGGAUAUCGGGAAGAUUCUAGACGGCCUGCAUCGAACAAAGAUCCGGGGACAAGCACAUCUUGCCUCCAGUAUACAAGUCGCCGGCCUAGCCCUCAAGCACCGGCGCGAACGCGCCCAACGCCAACGAAUCAUCGUCUUCACCUGCUCCCCCAUCGCCGAGGAUGAAAAGACCCUCAUCAAACUCGCCAAGCGCAUGAAGAAAUAUAACGUCUCCGUCGACUUCGUCGCCUUCGGCGACCUGGACGACGACACCAUCAAGAAACUCGAAGCCUUCAACGAGAACGUUAAUGGCGCCGACGGCUCGCAUCUCGCCGUAAUACACCCGGGUGCGAACCUGCUUAGCGACUCGUUGCUCACGACGCCGAUUCUCGGCGGGGAUGCGAUGGGUGCGGGCCGCGCGGGUGGUGAGGAAGGGGUUGAGGGGGGUGUUGAUAUUGGCUUUGACCCUGCUGCGGAUCCGGAGUUGGCGUUUGCGCUGCGCAUGUCGCUUGAGGAGGAGCAGGCGCGGAUAGAGAAGGAGAGGAAGGAGAAGGAGGAGAAGGAGAAGGCGGAGAAGGAGAAGGCGGCCUUGGAAGGGAUUGCAGAGGAGGGCGGAGAGACACAGCCGCUUCUUAAUAAGGAUGGGGAACCGAGCGGGAGUGGUUCGAACGCGGGGAAGGGGGAUGAUAAGGAUAAGGGAGAUGAUGGGGAUAAGAUGGAUACAGCAUAAUUAAAACUGAUGGUUAUAUUUUUUUUUUUUUAAAAAAUCUUUUUACGUUGUUACUGUACUGAUGUACCUAGAUAUCUAAAUCUUCCAUUCCCUUAUGCUUGAUGCAUUUCGUGUGUUUUAAUCUCUAUAAACCAUAGACUCAACCCAACGCCAGAUAUCCAUCCCACCACGCCAUUAUUCCAUUAUUAAGUCACGUAAAGAACGGCGAAAACUCUAAACACUAAUCCACAAUCUUCAACGGGGUAUAUUGCAUCUAUCCCUCAACCAUCAUCAUCAUCAUCGUCACCACCACCACCACCACCACAAAACAAAACACCUGCACUUAAAACAAACCAAUCACAACACAAAAAGCAAACCCGCUACCCCCUCCCCUUGACCCACCCAGCUACGUGCCUAUCAAACGCAUCGCACCUGACCGGCAUCUCCAGCUGAUAAAACGGAUUCUUCAUCACAUAGUCCGCAUACAGCUCGUAGAUCUUGCGCAUGACCGUCUCCACGCCGGCCAUCAGCGGGUCCGUGAAGAGUAGGAAUUUAGUCCCCGUCACCGUCUGGAAACAGGUGAGGCGGAACUUGUCGGUUUCGAGCACCUCUAUGCCGGUUAUGGGUUGGGAGGGGUUGGGGACUGUGGUGUUGGGCGGGAGGGCGGAGGUGGUGCUUGUCUCGGCGCCGGUGGUGCUGGUGGUGCCGGUGGGUGGGAGGGAGGAACUGCUGCUGGUGGUGUUUGGGGGGUAGAGAGGGCUUCUGAUGGAGGAAGAGGAGGAGAGGGCGUGGGCGUGUGAGGGGAUUGUUGUGCCUGUGUUUGUGGUUGAGGCGGAGGAAGUGGUCGUGGGGCUUGUGGGGAGGCGCGGUGUGAGGGAGCGGGUUAUUGCGUGGAUUCUACGGCGGGAUGGACACUCCGGGGGGGGGCGGAGGGUUGGGAGUUGUUUAGCCAGGUGCGUUUUUGAUAAAAUCAUUUAUUAUGAGUAUAUGGAUACGCACCCAUGAAACGUCCCCGCCAGCACCAGGUAGUCAUUCGUAGACAGCUUCAAUAGUCCCGACUGGAACUCGCGGUUGUAUAUUAGCCCACCCGCUUUGUUUAUGAUGAUGAGCGAGUAAACGGCCCUAUUUAUCGUGAAGGCGCAUCAGCAUUAGCAAUGAAUGGUCUUUGUCGU